AAGCCCCUCCCGGAAGCACGAUCCUAGCCCGCAGCUGUCAUGCUUCACGUACCCCAGCCUUUUGCAUCCUUCCCUCCACCACGACUCCACCGGCACUACGGCCACUAUGCUUGACAUAAGCCCUCGUCGUCGCCAACAUCAUGGCCUCUCCACCCUCUCCUGCAUCUCCCACCAGCAGUGGCGCUGCCUCUAGAACGUCUUUGGACCAGGACCAGACCCAGUCCCUCACUCUCGAGCAUCUCGUCAACCACUUCGUCGCCGCCAAACGCGCACUCAACACCCAGACGGUACUAUGGCGAGCCACCGAAAUCGUAAACACGGCACGUGACCUCUUGGAAGAGAACGCGGUCGUCGCUGCGAAGAACACAUCCAUACGCAACAUAGUGGAGCAGCAGGUGGAUGCUCUGGAAGCCGUCCGCCGCGGCAUAGACGUGGUUGAGGCUGAGGUGCAGGCCGAGUACAAGCAGCUGCUCCACGACGUCGACACGUCCUUUGCCGGUCUCAACUCUACCCUCGCUGUACUCCGCGAAACACCCAUCGAAGCCGCCUUGCAGCCUCAGGGCACUCCGCAGAAGCAUCUCUACGACUUCAUCGACAGCGCCGCUGUCUCCAACCUCCAGACCGCACUGCGCGCCUGCAUAGACCGCUAUACCGACGCCCAUGCCGCCCUCGAUGAGAGCUGUCGUGACUUUGAUACAAGCCUCGACAACAUCUACUCUUCCAUCGAGAACGUGCCCACAACACCCGCAACCACGUCUACUCCGAGUCCUAUACCAAGCCUAUACCACAACCUCGAGGGCCACGCAAAGGAAGCUGCCCAGGCAUUCCAGUCGCUUGUACAACACUACGAUCUAUGCAUAACAGCCUUGCGUCAUACAGAAGGAGGUUCCGCCGCUGCUACACAAGCUACAGGAGAUGCGCCAGUCCACUCCGGGGAUAAUGGUGCCGCACCGCCUGAGCCCAUGAGCGAAGAAGAGCGCCGCGACAUGCUAAACGUUUUGCAAAAGGACGCGCAGGAAGUGGAAGACGUCGUCAACGAGAUCCAGGAACGAGGCUCUGAAAUGACCUUCCUCCUCGGCCAGAUCGAGAACCACAUCCGCCACGUCCGCAGCGAAUCCUCAGCUCUCUCAAGCAUACUCGAGAUGGUGUCGCAAGUUACUGGCCAAGUCAAGGGUCAUAUCGUUACCUCACGCUCUUUCUAUGCUUCGUGGCUGCAAGACACGCGGCCCAGCCUAAUCAGCGGCAUCGAAGAUUGGGAGAAUCAGCGCGACUUCUACGAGCGCUUCGAUCUUGCCUAUGCCGAGCUCCUCGUUGAGAUCUCGUCACGCCGACGACGGCACGAAAAGGCGAAACGGAAAGCCGAAGAAGCGCAAAAGGAGCUGGAUAGACUGCGGCUUGAAGAUGAGCGCGCAAGGGAGCAGUUUACCUUGGCUCAGGGCGACUACUUACCCUUAGACAUCUGGCCGGGUCUGAAAGAUCCACCGCGCCAGUACCAAGUCACAGUCGUGCCAACUUCUGUAGAGGAAGAGCAUGAGGACGAAGCCCAAGAGAUGGAUGGUGUACGGAGUAUACCACAGCUAGGCAGAACUGUCGUUGAGAGGGCUCUCACGCGGGUCAAACGGCGAAUGUAGUUGGUUGGUGUUAUAUAGAUAUAUGUCAUGUACGUCCUACUCCGGCUUCCGUCCGUGUAUAAAGUAGAAUGGAAUAUACAUGUGUACAUCCCUUCUCCUGAUAUCCGCAACCACUUUGGCAAUCAUAACCCGGCACUCGGAUUCAGUCCAGCCCAUGACCUUGCCCAAGAGGCCGAAUGUGUAGGGUUCUAUGCCCAUAGACAUGUGCUCGCGUUGGUAGCGGCCGAUCUCCUUGAACUUCGCGUCCUU